AUGCACAAAUUAACUAAUUCACAAGAGCAGUUGCUUGAGAUACCGUGUGAACCUAAUACUACUAUAACAGUAACAGGGGGGGCAGGUACUGGCAAAACUUACAGUUUGGCAUACAAAGUCUAUGACCUGAUCAAUAGUGGCACUAUUUCACCGGAUGAGGUACUAAUAUUAUCAUUAACAAAUUCAGCAAUAAAUGGUUUUGCCGCUGAACUGAUAAGGAUCUUUGAGAAAUCAGAUCUACGAUAUACCUCAACUGAGAGUUCGAAAGUUGAGACUGUUGAAAAGAUCGACCUACAUACGUUUCAUGAAAUAUGCUAUAAGAUUCUAAGUGAAGCCAUGCCAGUGGUUAACGCAACUGAUUUAGAUGAAUCUAAUGGCCUGGCAAGUUUAUUGUUAAACAAGAAAGCUAUAACUCAAGAAGAAACAUACAGGCUCUGUGAGAGGUUGAAUGUACUCACAAUAGAUAGAAUUAUAGAAGAAGCUCAUAAAUUGAUAAAAAACACAGCGUACUUGAAGUAUGAUGUUAGAAGACGAAUUGACAGUUUGCUCAAAAAAUACAAGGUCAUUGUUAUUGAAAACUAUCAAGAUUUGUACCCACUUGUUUCUUCGAUAGUAUCACUUAUUGCUGUGGAUAAGCAAUUAAUCCUUUCUGGUGAUCCAGGUCAAAAAAUAUAUGGCUUUCUAGGAAAUAAUAAUAGGGCACUUGCCCAAGUAUAUGGUUCUAGGAGCGGUAAAACUUAUUCAAUUGAGUUGAACACAAAUCUCCGAAAUACGCCAGAAAUUAUUGCUAAAGCAAGAUCUAUUAAUAAAAAUGCUGCAGUUGCAAAUUACAACGUUCUGAAACCAGCAUGUUUGGUUGAACCAUUUGUCGCGAAUUACUCUACUGAAUUGGAUGCUAUGGAGUUUUUACUUGAUCAAAUAUGCCGGUUAAUAUGCUGUUCUUCGAAAUCUCGUGAUAUAGCAAUUCUAACUAGUACAAACUCUCAACUUAAAACUGUGCAAGAAUAUCUGAAACAAUAUGGAAUUUCUACCAGAAACCUAAAGCUCUCCGCCAGCCGACUUUACGAUUCAGAGACGACGCUGUUCAUUAACACGUUGAAGGUUGCAAGAAUAGUCAUGCCGCCGUCCAUUAUUCGUAACGAUUCUCCGACCGGAGAAACAGGUGAUUUUAAUAUAAUUAAAGCCUUUAGCAUGAUUAAAGGAAUUGGUAAAUCAGCUAUUAGAAAACUGUUAGACCUUUCAAAUGUCCAAGGGAUAAGUUUAUGGUCUAUCAUAAUUUCAAAGCCCUCUACUUACGAGCUACCAAAGGCUUCCAAGGCUAUUAUGUCGAAAUAUGCGAAAGCUAUUAACUCAUUGGUUCACGAAAAACACAUACAAACCCUGAAAGACCCAGAACUUCUAUUCAAUGAAGUAAUGGAGACAUUGAGUAAAUUUGGUGUGCAUCUUAAAACAAAUAUUGAAUCUUUUGAUGAUCAGGCAUUAAAAUCGGACCAGUUCAUACAAACAAUCAAAGCUUUCCGAAGUACGAGAGGAUUAGACACUUCAGCUAUCGAUUGGAUUUUAAAAGGGGUUGGAGACGGUUCAUUUAGAUACGAUCGCUUCCGGAUCCAGGAGAGGCGUGGUUUGGAAAAUUCCAUAAAACUAUCUACAAUGCAUGCCGCUACCGGUUUUGAAUCACCAAUUGUCUUUCUUCUUGGGCAAAAUACUAGUUUUAAUAUUGAUGAUAAGCUUUUAUAUGUUGGUAUGACAAGGAGCCGCAAUCUUUUAUACUUGACAAACAUUAUGCAUCCAUCUCUGAAUAGAACUAAAAAUUAUCCUGAUUUGCUAGACAAAGCAUCAUAUUGGAAAUAUUAUAGCAAAGAUUUAAACCGAGAUGCCCUCAAAGAUUACUCUGUUGCUAGGGUACGCUACAAUAAGCUCAGCAAACACAUAUGGUGUAAUAUGAAAUCAUAUUCAACCGCAAAUUACUUGUUUAAAAUAAUGAAGAAAUUCCUAUGA